CUCCCUGGAUCCCUUCUCAACAGACACUGCUGGGUUUUCUGGAGAUACAAAGAGUCCCGCUACCUCCUCCGCGCGCACUCGGACGGAGCUGGCAACCGGCUCCGGCCGCCGAGCCGUGAUAUCCCCUGCCCAGAGCAGCAUCCCCACCUCCUCUGCCUGCUUCCCUCCCUCCCUCCUUUUUCCCUCCCUCCUUUUCCUCCUCCUCCCGCAGCCACGAUCCGCACCCAGUCGGAGCUGGCUUGGUACUGGCACCCCACUUCUCCCACCGUGGCACCCAGGCGGCUCGCUUUGCCGCGCUGUGCUGCGGAGGAGGAGCGGAGAGGCGGCGGUCCUACUCCGCGGGUGCGGGCGAGUGCGCGGGCAGGCGCGCAGCCCUCACGCCAGGCGGGGCGCCCCGCCGCCCGCAUCCCGGCCCCCGCCUGGGAGCAUCCUGCCAGCUCUUCGCUGCGGACGCACCGUGGGUCAUUAGGAUUAAAAUACUCACUGCGCUGGGCAGCCAAGGGAGAGGGGGAGCAGGUACCUACUACACCAUUUCUUUGGUGAAGGCUACUCAGCAGUGGUGACUGCUUCCAAUCGACCACUUCACAAAUUAUUACCUCUGGACUCCCAGCUGACACCCUGCCGGAGGCUAGAACUACUGAGACAACUGGAAUUGUGCCCGUUCUCAUCAAGGUUUUUUCUUUCACAAGGGAAAAAAAAAAAGAUGAAGUUGAGCAAAGCGGAGUUCUGCCAUUUUCUGCAGAUACUAGCUCUUUUCCUGUGUCUUUCUGGGAUGAAUCAAGCAGAGUUCUCAAGGUCCAGGUCAAAGCCCUACUUUCAAUCAGGGAGGACAAGAACCAAACGCAGCUGGGUGUGGAACCAAUUCUUUGUGCUGGAAGAAUAUAUGGGUACAGACCCACUCUAUGUAGGAAAGCUUCACUCUGAUGUUGAUAAAGGAGAUGGUUCCAUCAAAUACAUCUUGUCAGGCGAAGGGGCAAGUUCCAUUUUCAUUAUUGAUGAGAACACAGGGGAUAUUCAUGCUACAAAAAGGCUGGAUCGAGAAGAGCAGGCCUACUACACUCUCCGAGCACAAGCACUAGAUAGACUGACUAAUAAACCCGUGGAACCAGAAUCUGAGUUCGUCAUUAAGAUUCAGGACAUCAAUGACAAUGAGCCAAAAUUUCUGGAUGGUCCUUACACUGCUGGAGUUCCUGAGAUGUCUCCUGUGGGUACCUCUGUGGUUCAAGUGACAGCCACUGACGCAGAUGAUCCUACUUAUGGCAACAGUGCUCGAGUGGUUUACAGCAUAUUGCAAGGACAACCUUACUUUUCUGUGGAGCCGAAAACAGGUGUUAUCAAGACUGCCCUUCCGAAUAUGGAUAGAGAAGCCAAGGACCAAUACCUACUAGUUAUUCAAGCAAAGGACAUGGUUGGACAAAAUGGUGGAUUAUCAGGGACUACAUCUGUAACUGUCACUCUGACUGAUGUUAAUGACAACCCACCUCGCUUUCCAAGGCGAUCAUACCAGUAUAACGUCCCAGAGUCUUUGCCAGUGGCUUCUGUGGUGGCCAGAAUAAAAGCUGCAGAUGCAGAUGUGGGACCUAAUGCUGAAAUGGAGUAUAAGAUUGUGGAUGGUGAUGGUUUGGGAGUAUUUAAAAUUUCUGUUGACAAAGACACCCAGGAGGGAAUCAUAACAAUUCAGAAGGAGCUGGAUUUUGAAGCUAAGACAAGCUAUAUGUUGAGGAUAGAAGCAGCAAAUAUGCAUGUUGACCCUCGCUUCCUGAGUCUGGGGCCCUUCAGUGACAUGACGACAGUGAAGAUAAUUGUAGAAGAUGUUGAUGAGCCACCUGUGUUUACUUCACGUUUGUACUCCCUGGUUGUGUCUGAAGCAGCAAAGGUGGGCACGAUCAUUGGAACUGUAGCGGCCCAUGAUCCAGAUGCCUCAAAUAGCCCUGUCAGGUAUUCAAUAGAUCGAAACACAGACCUGGAGAGGUAUUUCAAUAUCGAUGCCAACAGUGGAGUCAUUACAACCGCCAAAUCUUUGGACAGGGAAACUAAUGCUGUUCAUAAUAUCACAGUUUUGGCUAUGGAGAGUCAGAAUCCAGCACAGAUUGGGAGAGGCUAUGUAGCCAUAACUAUCCUUGACAUCAAUGACAAUGCCCCUGAGUUUGCCAUGGAGUAUGAGACAACUGUCUGUGAAAAUGCUCAAGCUGGUCAGGUGAUCCAGAAAAUCAGUGCAAUUGAUAAAGAUGAUCCACCAAAUGGCCAUCAGUUCUACUUCAGUUUAGCAGCAGAAGCAGCAAAUAACCACAAUUUUACGCUGCAAGACAACAAAGAUAAUACUGCAACAGUAUUAACUAGACGAAAUGGGUUUCGAAGACAGGAACAGUCUGUUUUCUACUUGCCAAUAUUCAUUGUGGACAGCGGAUCACCUUCACUUAGUAGCACUAAUACCCUCACCAUCAGAGUCUGUGAUUGUGAUGCAGAUGGUAUUGCUCAGUCAUGCAAUGCAGAAGCAUAUAUCUUGCCUGCAGGACUUAGCACUGGAGCCCUGAUUGCAAUAUUGGCUUGUGUCUUGACACUGCUAGUUCUUGUCUUGCUGAUUGUCACCAUGAGGCGACGGAAAAAGGAGCCCCUCAUUUUUGAUGAAGAGAGAGAUAUCAGAGAGAACAUUGUCAGGUAUGAUGAUGAGGGUGGAGGAGAAGAAGACACUGAGGCUUUUGACAUGGCUGCCCUGAGAAACCUCAACAUCAUUCGAGACACCAAGACCAGAAGGGAUGUGACACCCGAGAUUCAGUUCUUGAGCAGACCAACUUUUAAAAGCAUCCCAGAUAACGUCAUUUUUAGGGAAUUUAUCUGGGAAAGACUAAAAGAAGCCGACAUGGACCCCUGCGCCCCUCCUUAUGACUCCCUGCAGACAUACGCAUUUGAGGGAAAUGGCUCAGUGGCAGAGUCUCUCAGUUCUUUAGAUUCGAUCAGCUCAAACUCUGACCAGAAUUACGAUUACCUCAGUGACUGGGGCCCUCGCUUUAAAAGGCUUGCGGAUAUGUAUGGGACUGGACCAGAAUGCUUAUACUCAUAGCCUUGGAACCUUUCUCUGAAAAUGCACUGAAGAAUAAUAAAACAGAAAACUUAACCUUACAGACUGAAGAAAAGUUGUAAAUAUUUCUCCAUUUUUAACCUUUUAGAUUUUUUUGCCUUGGUGGAACAUAUAUUCAUUAGAGUUGUCCUAGGGACUGCACUGACCACACAGAAAAUGAGCAUUUGGUGGCAUUUUUGAUAAAAUGAAAUGCUCAGCCACGUUCAAAUAGAUAGCAACCCUCAGAUACCUGCAGAGGCAACUCACUUUCAAGAGUACGUUAUGCACUGUGACCUCAAUGAGCCAAUGAUACUCUGUAGAUGCCUUCGCAGUAUUGCUGUAUCUAGCACGCAGUGUCUCAUAUAAGUUUAAGAAGAAACAAAUUUACAAAUAUGGUAUAUCAUUCAAUGCAACAUUACAGUAUAUAGCAUUUAUGGAUGCAAGGGAUUUUUUUUAAGAAAUUUUCUUUACAGUGUUGCAUGCAGCUAGCUAGGACAAAAGCAGAAGGACAGACAUUAAACCAAAUAGAAGCCCAGCAGAUCAAUUUUUUGCUUCUUCUGUUUUGCUCUCAGAGCUAUUGAAUUAGAAGUUUCUGUAAUUUUCUGGGCAGUUUUAUGAAAAAUUACUCUUUGCACUAAGAAAUUCAUUGAUGAUGUUUGUACAUUGAUGAUGUUUGUCAUCAACUUACCAAAGUUGAAGUUUGCAAACCACAUAAAAUGAGAAAUAUAGAGGGUUAUUCUUAUGGUUGAAAAGUUUAGUGAUGCCUAUGUAGGUAUAGAAAAGAUGUUGCUAUCUAUUUGCAGUUUUUUAUUAUCUCUUCUGAUUUGUACAGGAGAACUUAUCCUUUUUUAUUAUUAUUUGACAUAAAGUGUUAUAUUUAUUUUGGAGCUCCAAUCUUCUCUAAAUUCAGGUCCAUUUUACUGCCUCAUGGUAUUAGACUCAUCAGAACAUGCUGAUUUUUCUCCAGUCUCAGAUAAAUGUAGGAAGUGAAGCAUGGAAAUGGAGAAAUUACAGUAAAGCAAUCUUACCCACCAUUCAUCUCUCAGAAAGGAGAGCAGCUCCAAGGACAUGCAGUUGUUCUUCUGAGCCAUUAAAAAUCUGAGACAUUUAAAUAAAAUAUUUGUACAUUGAAUUUUUUGAAAGAAGACUACAGAGGUAGCUGGGAGUGUCUUUAAUGCAAGAUUUAAUUUUCAAGGUUAAACAUGCUAUAUGCUUCAAAGAUGGUAAACACCUUGCUUUUCUUCUUCCCUGUCUCUUUUGCUGCUGAGGAAUCACAGUAAAAGACUCUUCAAUUUCUUUCUUAUGUUAAGCAAUGUAAUGCUAUUAACUCCAGAAUGCAUCUUUAGAUCCUGCUGCACAUAAGUAUUCUUCCCCAAAGGUAACUCACUACACAUAAUUUCUACGCUGGUUCAGGAGUGCCAAAACAGAAGGACAGUUGCUGUUGGUUAAAAUGCUGUAUGAUUUUGAAGUAGGAUUUCUUAGAAUAAGACAACUUUUUUAUGAUUCUGACAAUAUUUAUACUUCACCCUUCAUGAUUUAUUACUAGAUAUUAAGGCAUAUAUUCAAGUAAAAUAGUGUUUUUAAGUAUUAUUUCAGUUGGAUUCGGUUUAGAUAAUCUGUAGAUGAGUUCUUAAGUUAGACCCUGCUCCUGCAAACAUUUUUGCUUGUACCUAACUUGAAAUGACUUGACUUGCCUGCAUUUACUGAGAGGUAUACAGAAUUGCUUGCAGGACUGUGUUUGUGAAUAGAAGGUACUCCGUAGAGGAUGAUGCUCACUCUAAAAGUACUUCUUUCUGAAAUGAAGGAUCCUUGUACUAAAAUCCCAAAGUGUGGGUGACACCAGGCUGGGAGAUGGGAAAUUAUCAUUAAAGCUUUGUAAUUUUUGCAGGACAGCAUUAUCAAUUAACUAUGUGAAAGUGGCCUUCAGCUCCAUCAGAGAAAACAAAAUAAUUUUUAACAUCUGCAACAGAUUUAAUUUGAGUUAAAUUUUAGUAGACAAUCAUUGUUUCAUAAUUCAGUAGAUUUGCUUCUAGUUGUAUUAAAUAUAUAUAUAUAAGUAUAUAUAUAUAUGACAGAUUUUGUAAUGGAACUGAAAGAUAUCGCCCAGGACUUUUAGUCAUACAUGUAAGAUUUUCAAUAAAAAAAAUAAAAA